AUGUACCAAAGAAGACAUACGAUAGACAUUCCCAGGCCUCCCUUUCCUCCUUUUCCUUGUCUUCCUUUCCUCCGCUUCUCCUCUUCGCGCACAGCUGGCACGGACAAGGACAGUGACGAGGGAAAGAAUCGACAACGUCCAGGCUCAUAAAUUAAUACAAAUAUCGACUCCUGGAGCGGCGGGAGUCAUUCGCCGCCCAGUCAGCGUCGGGGGAGGACCUGCCACGCGCCUGCCGACUCCAGCUUGGUGUGCUCGCGAACCUGUCACGUCGAGUCGCUCCGUGCUCAGUGUGAACCCUCAGACCCUGCCGGCGGGUGCUUCGUCCCUCCCCUCUGCAGCGUGCUUGGUUUACAUGUCGUUUUUCAGCGAGGAGGAUACGAAGGACUGAUACAUGACUCCUCGCACGAGACUAGUAGUAUUUGCGCCCUCCUACAAGCUGAGGUUUACGGGCGCGGAGUGUUGCGAGACGGGCCUGCUCCUGCCGUGAGGGUGUGUGUGUCGGGCCGCGGCGUGACAGCGAGUGUUUGUGUGCUGGUGUCCAGGUGACCACCACAACAAGCCCGCCGCCGCCACCAUCGCCGCCACUGGCGCCCUCCACCACCACCAUCCACUCCGGGCACUCGAUAGUUCACGGAAACACUUCGACCAGCCAGUCCACGCCGCGUGUCGGGUCGCGAACAAAGACAUACUACGAUAUAUUCUGUGAUGUCUGUUAAAAGCACAUUGGUGGCUUGUGUUGCACCUGUAUAGAUCCCUGGCGCAAAUGAAGUUAAUUUACUGGACGUAAGAGCUGUACAGACUGCACACGCAGACACGCGAGGGCCUGAUGAGGUGGUUUGUGUCUCAGUUCCGGCACGGCGUCCCCCGCUGAGUGAAGACCCCACACGUGUUGGCCUUGAUGAGGAACACCUUCGUGUGCCCAUAAAUACGUGUGCCAGACGAAAGCCGCUGAGUCAGUGCCAGAACAAAAGUGAACAAACAAACAUGCGUCCCAGCCCGGCAUGGUGAGCAUCAGUGCCCGUGGCCCCCUCACGCCUGAGUGACGGGGUGGAGGCACCGCAGCAGCAGCAGCAGCAGCAGCAGCAACAACAGCCUGUGCCCUGCUGGCCUUGACUCCACACAAGACGCCGACCUCAUGAGCCACCUACACAACGCCAGCCUCACGGCGGGACGACACAUCUCACUUUAAUGCAAGUCUUCAGCGAGGUAUCCCGCCUCUUCAAGAUGGGCAUCUGUCUGGACACAGGCCAGCGACCCGAGUCCCUCUGUCUCCACGACUUGUAUGAAGAUCGCAGCGGGUCGCCGUUAGUGAGUGAAGGGAAGAAUGGCGAGGCGGCGACCACGGCAGCGACCACACCGGCCACCAUGGCGCCCCCGGGACCCACCGCCACGGCCCCAACGGAGACUAUCACCGGCGCACCCGUCAUCUUCUUCCUGGGGGGUCCGGGCAGCGGCAAGAUGACGCACGCGCAGAACCUCGCCGAUAUCCACGAGGGUUACCGACACAUCAACAUGACGGUGGUGAUCAGCGAGUACGUCAAGGAGAACGGCGGGGUCGUGUGCAGACGAACAAGCAGACGAAGGAGACACAGCCAGCUCCCGGAGGUCCCAAGACAGCUGGUGCAGACGGAGGGCGCGACAGACCUCGGCUCGCCCCAGUCCAUCUCUGCGACCAUCGGGCUGGCGCUCCUGGCCCGUGAGAUGCACCUGUCGCCCCGCUGCAAGGGUUACCUGGUCUCCGGCUACCCGCGAUACCUGGACGACGUGCACCACUACAACGACAAGCUCGGUCGACCCACGGGUGCCAUCCUGCUGGAGUGGGACCGCGCGACUCUCAUCAGGAAUAUAGAGUUGAGAAUGAGAGAAUAUUACGCGACGCACGCCUUGCGCCUCUCCCACACCGCGCGGCGGCUCGGCAACAUCGACGGGGCCAUCCUGCUCGACUGGCGGGAAUCGACGGUGUUGAACAACCUGGAGGCGGGGGCGCGGAUGGGCUCCCUCAUGCUGGAGGCGGCGAAGAAGGAGCUGACGGAGUUCACGACGAAGGUGCUGCCGGUGUGCGAAUACUACGAUAACCUGGGCAUGCUCUUCGUGGUGUCGGGGGAGAGGAGUCAAGAGGAGGUGUUCAGGGACGUCCAGAGAGCGCACUCCAAGAUACUUCGGUCCGCCCUCCACCCGCCGCACUCCCGCGCCUCCAUCGGGUCGUACCGCGAGUACCGCCGGAUAGCGCCGCACAGCCACCAGCACCAGCCGCUCUCCACCGCCACCAUCACCGCGCCGCCCGAGGACGAGGCACUCCCGCCCUGCAUCUUCUUCAUGGGUGGGCCCGGGAGCGACAAGUGGCGGCUCAUGAGCGGCAUUACGUACCUGUACCCGGGGUGGGCGUGCGUGGGCGUGGGCCAGAUGCUGCGGGACCACGUGGCGCGCUGGAAGGAGGACCCCGAGGCCUACACGGACCUGUCGAGCGAGAAGGUGUUGAUGGUGAACAACCUGAUGAGGAAAGGCGAGCUGGUGCCGCAGGACCUGAUUCUCGACUUGCUGCAGGAGAGGCUGAAGGAGCUCAAUUCUCGCGAGGGCAUCGUGCUGGUGGGCUUCCCGCGGGACAUCAUCCAGGCGCAGAACUUCGAGGAAAAAUUCCACCAGAUCCCGCCGCUGCUGCUCAUCGACUGCUCGGAGCUGGAGCUUGGGAGGAACCUCGGCCGCAGGGAGUGGCGGCUGGACGACAACGUGGCAGCGGCGCGGAGGAGGCUGGCCAUCUACCGCGAAGUCACGUUACCGAUGCUCAAGGCCUUCGACGAGAAGAACAGACUCAAGAUAAUUGACGGUGACGCUGACUGGGAGCAGGUGGAGCGGGAGGCAAAGCGAGCCAUCUACGUGGAAACCCAAAACCUGGCGAGACGCGGCCAGCGGUCAGCCGGAGUCACGCCCACCCCCUCCCCCCGCCGCGGCCUGGUGCGCCCCACCACGCCGGUCUUCCCCGCCGAGGUCCCCAACACCACCGUCACCAGAGAACAGGGAACGGAGAACCUCAACCAGGAACAACUGAACGGCCCCGUCGCCGCCGCCCCCGGCCAGGAGGCGAGGUCACCUUCCAGGGAACUGAAUGACGUCGUGACGGAGACGACGCCGAGGAGCCAACUGCAGCACGAGCUGGUCUGACCACCGCUGAAGCGCCGCUAGUGGCUGUGAUACCAAUAUCUUCCAGUAGAGACACAGGGAGGCGCCGUGUGUGUGUGUGUGUGUGUGUGUGUGUGUGUGUGUGUGUGUGUGUUGAAGAGAGCCAAGCACCAAUGCCUCAGAUAAGCAGAAGAGAUCGGAGAGGUGUUUUCAUCGUCAUAACAUCCGCACCCCGCUCUCCCCCUUCCACGGACAGCCUUUGGCCCAGCGUGGGAGGCGAGGGGUAAAAUUCGUGACAAUCUCAAUGGGUCCACAGGCGGCGCUGGUGUGUGACUGGAGGCUGUGGCGCCGGAAUGUGUUGGUCCAGCCCUGUGGUUUGGUGCUGUUCACAAAGACUCAAGUUUAUUCAAAUGUACUUCAGCUUAUUUAAAUGUACUAUGGAAGAGCUUCCUUUACUAAAAUGGAAUCGGAACCUUUAUCCAUUUAUUUAUAUAUAUUCAAUUGUUUUUACUCAUUUGUUUAUUUGUGUGUUAACUAAUUUAUCUACAUUUAUGAAAUUCACCUUCCGCCGAUCAAUACUUAUUAUUAUACACCAAUACACAUGGUUUCAUAAUUACGAUAAAUGGCAUACAUGUGAUACAUUUUGUUGAAAGUCUAUUUGUAUUGGAAUCAUUUUCAUUUGUGUGUGUGUGUGUGUGUGUGUGUGUGUGUGUGUGUGUAUGUGCGAGGGUUCCAGUGGCAGUGUGUGUGCGCAGUGUUGCAGAGGUGACAAGGUUCUCUCCGCCUCCCAUGGUUUGUCAACAGUUCCUGUUCUUGAGUGCUGUUCUUGGUGGUGUGCGGAGGACACUCAGCCUUUCAAUAAAACUCAGCACGGCUGCCAA